AUGAGGUUUCUCAAAAAAGAGGCAUUCGCCUUGGUGAUAUCUAUGGAAAUAUGCUCCUGCUCGGUGCCGCAUUCUCCAGGCGAUGGUUUCAGCGGAGCAGGAGCCCCUCGCAUCUCCUCCUCUUCCAGCCUGGAGGCUCUUCCCACCUGGCUUCCCACAGGUAGAGAUGGACUGUCAAUUAUGCAAAUUGUCAAGGAUGAGGUUGUCCUAAAUUUACCUGAAAUAAGAGCACUUGCUGCAGCAGCACACAGACGGUCUUCACUGAUGGAAAUCAUCGCAAGGAAACCCAAUUCUGCAAAUGUGGCUAUGGAAGAUGACCACACAAUUGACAGGUCAAAUGCACUGCAAGCGCCAAUGUCGUUCACUGGGGAGAAAUUGGGUGUGCUUCCCAGUGUCGGCGACAUGGGAGUCGGGAAGACCACCCUUGUGCAGCAUGUCUGCGAUGAUGAGAGGGUGCGCCACCACUUUCCAAUAAUUUUGUAUUCCAAUUUCUCAUACACCAGGGCAAUGGCAUGGGGUGAGGCACCGUUUGUUCUAGGAUCCAAACACGCAGUUAGAGAUGCUAAAAAAUUCAUCGAGUCACUGCAUGUACUCGAGGAGAAAUACCUCACCAAGAGGUUUUUAUUGGUAUUUGAAGAUGUUGACACGGGCAAACAUCAGACGCUAGAAGAGUUACUGCCGAUCUUAAGACAUGGCGAACGUGGAAGCAGGAUCAUAGUCACCACAAACAGCAAGACUGUCGCGGCGAGCAUGGGAACAGUGCAGCCGGUCAAUUUGAAGGUUAUGCCGCAUCAGGAGUACUGGUUCUUCUUCAAGGCACAUGCGUUUGCUGGCAGAGAUGUCGAGGAGGACCCGAGGAUGCCAGCAGCGGGCAAGGCAAUUGCAAGGAAGUUAAAUGGGUCCUUCUUCGGAGCGAAAAUUGUCGGUGGGGUGCUGAAAGCUCAUCCAAAUCCCUGGUUCUGGAACAAGGUGUUGAGGAGCAAUAUUGGGUAAUAUGCAGCCGCGUCGUUUCUGCUUGAA